UUGUUAGGAGAUAGUAUUGUUAUUGUUAGCUGUGAGAUGGAGAAGACACGUAAAUCCCUGCCACUGGAAGGCUGAAUCUUCCCCUGAAUCCUCCCGCUCUUCUCGCUUGUGAAACUUGCCUCUGUCGCGCCAUUCGUAUUCAUCGUCGAUACGCUGGAGAUACGCCGACGCUAUUGUGCCCUCUCAGAUACCCCGCCUCUCUGCUUGCCCCUCACCUAUUUCUCCCGUCUUCAAUCCUCGCUCUUCACUUACCAGAUCUCAUUGAACAGCCUGUGCCUUCUUUUGUUAUUAUCAUUCAAAUUGCUCGGUAGCCAUCCAUAAACAUCAACUAGAUACCAGCAACAUGUCGGGCGGAGUCACGUUCAAGCUCAGCAACGGCGUUACCGUCCCUGGGCUCGGUUUCGGUACCUUCGCCAACGAGGGUGCGGUGGGAGAGACAUACAAGGCCGUCACGCACGCCCUUCGCACUGGAUACAGGCACCUGGAUUGUGCCUGGUUCUACAAGAACGAGAACGAGGUCGGUGACGCCGUCCGCGACUUCCUCAAGGAGAACCCAUCCGUCAAGCGCGAGGACAUCUUCAUCACCACCAAGGUCUGGAACCAUCUGCACCGCUACGAGGAUGUCCUGUGGUCUCUCAACAACUCCCUCAAGAGACUCCAGCUUGCCUACGUUGAUCUCUUCCUCAUCCACUGGCCCAUUGCCGCCGAGAAGGAAGACAACGAGACUCCAAAGAUCGGCCCCGAUGGCAAGUACAUCAUCCUUAAGGACCUGACACAGAACCCCGAACCGACAUGGCGUGCGAUGGAGAAGCUCUAUGAGGAGGGCAAGACCCGCGCCAUUGGUGUCUCCAACUGGACCAUCCACGGUUUGGAGCAGCUCCUUUCCUUCGCCAAGGUCAAGCCUCAGGUAAACCAGAUCGAGAUCCACCCGUUCCUACCCAACAACGCGUUGGUCAAGUACUGCCAGGAGCACGACAUCCUUCCCGAGGCCUACUCUCCCCUGGGCUCGCAGAACCAGGUACCGACGACGGGUGAGCGGGUCAGUGAGAACCCGACGCUCAACGAGAUUGCGAAGAAGGGUGGCAACACACUGGCCCAGGUACUCAUCGCAUGGGGUCUGCGUCGAGGCUACGUGGUGUUGCCCAAGAGCUCGAACCCGGCACGGAUCGAAUCCAACUUCAAGACAAUCAAGCUCUCGGACGAGGACUACGAGGCCGUCAACCGUGUGGCAGAUAACCGCCACUUCCGUUUUGUCAACAUGAAGGAUACCUUCGGCUACGAUGUGUGGCCAGAGGAGGCUCGUGCUGCGAUCUCCACCUAAUUGUGGCACCACCUUUUUUCUUUUCCUUUUUUUUUUUUUUUUUUUCUUUUAUUCAUUCCUUAUCUCUUUUUCCCUCAGUGAGGGGCGGCAUGAAUUAGAUGGUUAAAAGUGGCAAAUCAAUUUAAAAUGUUAUUAAAAAAUAAGAGACAUAAGCGUGUGAAAAUGGGGCAGAGCAAGGGGAUGUCUGUGGUCCGGCACAUAUCAGCGCGCAGGAACCGCCGCACGGGCAGCUUGUUACGUCAUAUUGCAUUUUCUCGCAAUGCUCUGUACGGGUCCAAGCUACAGUGUACAAUCGUCAAUGGCAGAUGGAGUAUCAUCCAACUCAGCAAAGCCACUAUAGAUAGCUGCAGCAAGCGCAGAAGAUGCAGUAGCGUGGCCAGUAUAGGGUAUCUAUCAAUCUACAUACUCUACACCGCAUGCAGGUCGAUAGAAGCAGAUUAUCACUAUCAAUAUCCACUGCGGACGGAGGACUGUAGUCCUGACAGCCGCACCUAGAAAAUAUCUCGGACCGUCUAUUUACUAUUCGCAUCGGACAAUCCCGGAUUUGUUUUUUCUGACAUUUAACUGUUUCAUCUUUCAUUACUCGCGGGAAGAGAAAUGAGCAUAUCUUAUCCAUGGUUUCCUUAAUUAAUCUUUCA